AUUUGAGAAUAGGCUUAUAAUAUUGCAUGCAUGUUGUUUAAAAAUGUAAUAAAAAAUAAAUUAUAUAUAAAAAAAGUACUUGUAAUAUGAAAAUAAAAUCCGCCCUCUGCCCCCAGGAGCUGUCCUUCCACACGCCGUCCAGCAGAGGGCGCUCCGGACGCGGCGCUUUGGCGACGUGUCUCUGUUCGAUACGACCGCGGCUCACAAACUAACGGAGUGAGAGGCGAAGAGAGACGGACAGACCAAGCGAGACAUGUCGGGGAACACGGAGAAGCUGAUCGGGCUGGCGGAGGAAGUGGCCGAGAAGGUCCUGCGCAGUACGAAGCGCUUGCUGCCCCCGGUGGCUCGGCUGUGCCUCACCAGCACGUUCCUGGAGGACGGAGUGAUGCUGUGUCUGCGCUGGGAGGAGCAGAGGAGCUACAUGCAGUCAGUGUGGAGCUGCGGGGCUCUGAUCAGCGGGGCCGUGUUCCUCAUACUGCUCAUCGGACAGCUGGUGUGCUCCGCGCUGGUCCUGUGUCGGAAGUGGGUCUGCUGGGCCUGCACAGGACUGCUGGCCUCUCUGAUGCUGCAGUUGAUUGUCUACCAGCUGAUGUUUGAAAUGUUCUUUCUCAUGAGGACCCUGGCGGUGGGCGGGGGGCUGCUCCUGCUCAUGGCGGAGGUGCACACGCAGAGUCGCUCGAUGUUUGCGGGGGUCCCCAGCGUGGCGGAGGGGGGGCCCCGGCAGUACAUGCAGCUGGGGGGCCGCGUGCUGCUGGUGCUCAUGUUUCUGACCCUGCUGCACUUCACAGUCACCAGCGCCUUCUCUGUGGUUCAGGACGCGGUGGGUACUGCGCUCAUGGUGCUGGUUGCAGUGGGGUUGAAGACCAGGCUGGCUGCUCUCACGCUGGUGCUGUGGCUCUGCGUGGUCAAUCUGCUGGAGAAUCCCUUCUGGAUGGUCGACGAGCUCGACUUCCUGCAGGACUUCAUGAGAUUCAACUUCUUCCAGACCCUGUCCGUCAUCGGGGGGCUGCUGCUGCUCAUCACACUGGGGCCGGGGGGGGUCUCGCUCGACCAGCACAAGAAGAGGUGGUAACUGAGGGUAGAUAAUACACAGAGAGAGAGAGAGACUGAUACAUAAUACACACAGAGAGACACACACCCAAUACACAGACUUACAGGCACAAUGAAAUGGGAACAGUGUCUAUGACAAACACACACACAGAUAGACACGCACACAGAUAGACACGCACACAGAUAGACACACACACAGAUAGACACACACAGAUAGACACACACAGAUAGACACACACACAGAUAGACACACAUACAGAUAGACACACACACAGAUAGACAGGGCUGGGAGAGGCUCUCCCUGUCUGUCAGUGCAGCCGGGCUGGGAGAGGCUCUCCCUGUCUGUCAGUGCAGCCGGGCUGGGAGAGGCUCUCUGUCAGUGCAGCCGGGCUGGGAGAGGCUCUCUGUCAGUGCAGCCGGGCUGGGAGAGGCUCUCCCUGUCUGUCAGUGCAGCCGGGCUGGGAGAGGCUCUCUGUCAGUGCAGCCGGGCUGGGAGAGGCUCUCCCUGUCUGUCAGUGCAGCCGGGCUGGGAGAGGCUCUCUGUCAGUGCAGCCGGGCUGGGAGAGGCUCUCCCUGUCUGUCUCUCAGGGGCUCUUGUUACCUUUGACUGUGGGGAUCGUUUCAUACUGAACACAGAGCCAGGGCUGGGGACUGUGGCACUGCAUUUGAUUUCUGAUUUCAUUUAAACAAGGAUUUCAGGGGUCUGUCUUUAUAAUUAAAGGGGGCAGUGAAAACCAGUGGCUGGGUUACAGAUGAAUUUCCGAUUUAUUUUUAGAUUAGUUUUAAGAGUUUAAUGAAAGACAGCAUUGAUCUGAUGGGUGCUGCUGUUCAUCUGCUGAACUUGUGUAACAGAAUGCCUUGAGAGAUUGUAGAGUGCUCUUGUUUCAGGAAAGUAAUCUGGUGGGGUGAGGAGGGUUAGGGUUUAUUUCAGGGGUG